AUGGACCCUCUGCUGCUGCUCAGCUGCCGGUCUAACUCUGACCUCCGUUCUCAAGGCAGGCAGCUUCCCCAGAUCCCUUCUGGGACUGGAGAGGACGGAGAGCACACUUACUCAGAAGUUGGCAGACGCUCUUCCACCACACGUACUGACGAUGCCCUGUACGCCAUGGUAGGCAGGGCCGGGCAGACGGACACUCCGGCCCCUCCAGCCGUCCCUGCCAACACCCCGGCACCCCCAGACCCAGACGGGGAUGUGGAAGGAGGGCUGCCCGAACCGGAGGCCCAGGUCAUGUCUCCCCCUCAUCCACCGGAGACGGCCGAGUACGCUUGCGUCAGGAAGCUGAGAAAGGCCGACAAGGCGCCCCAAAAGAGAGACAGCGGGACAGAUAUGGGGGAGCCACCGGCACCGCCUCCACGACACGCGCCGCCGUCACAUCCCGCCCCUCCUCCACCACACCCUCACAGCACAAAGUUGCCCCGUAGAAACAUGGAUGCCUUCAAUGUCCCUUCAUUCCCAAAGGAAGUGAUGUUUAUGGGCAAUGGAGAGCAGUACAUCUGGAAGCCUCCAGAGGAUGAGGAGAUGCUCAUGCACCAAAAUAAAGCCCUGGGACCGUUGGGUGCUCACACAGUGGAGAAUAUACAACCGUCUGCUGCUGUGGUGGCUGAGAUGUACUCAAAGGUAUGUAAACCAGGAAAGAAGAAGAGAGCUGUGCCGGGGUCUCCCCCAGCCAAUCCUGGCUUCCGGACCUUGGGUCGUGGAGACCGGGACCGAGACCGGGACGGGGGUUUUAGCGUAGUGGUCAAACCCCAGACGUGGGCGCUUCAGGAGGGCAAAGCAAUUGGAGGGCCCCUUGACGACCACUGCUACGAGUCCAUCGGGACAGAGGAGUGCGAUCCGGCCUAUGAGAACCUGGAAGGUGGAGGCGCCUGGAAGCGAGAGAGGCCCCCCAACACGUGUGCCACCCUGCGGCCGAGGAGGAAGAAAGCCCAGCAGCCCUUGCAGCAGCAGCAGCCCCCUCCACCGCCGCCGACGCAGCAGACCCCUAAGUUACAGCAUCUGCCCGCCAAAGCCCUGCUGCUCCCGGGGGAGAACCUGUACGAGAGCAUCGGCGACCUGAAGCAGGGCUCCGCCACCUCCAGCACCACCACCAUCUUCACUUUCAACGACGGCAUGGAGAUGUAUGUAACAGGGCUUUGAGGCGGCGGCUGCACUGUGACCCCUAUCCUUCCAACACAAGGAGCUGAGCUAACACCACAAGGAGUGACGGCUGAGCCCCUGUCAUGCUCACCCACACAUACUGUUUACAUUCGAGUCAUAACAUCAUGCCUUUCACAGCCUACUGAGGCCUUGGGGCAAUACUGUUGAUCUGUUAUGACCUGGGCUGAAUACAAAGUCCAAUCUAUAAACCUUAUAAGGAAUCCAAAGGUAGUGAAUAAUAAAUGAGCACAAGACCAUUGCAGAGCAAUCUGUAGGUAACAGUAGCACUUCUAUUUUACUGAUACAUAUGUGCCAAGCACAAUAAAAGUAAAAGCCUAAAUUCUUCCUCAAUUCUAGCGGGUAAAAAUAGUUGUUUGACUGGUCCUAGCAGGACUUCUAUUUAGGGAAAAGGCACAGCAUUGUGUGAAUCUUUCGGUAGCACUUAGUCUGUCAUGAACAGGCCUUCCCUGUAGUUGGUCAAGAUAUGAUUCAGGAUGGGAUUUAAAAGAUAUAAAGGAAUGAAUUACUAAUCAAAAUACUUGAAAGCUCAGGGACCAAGAGAAUCAAUUAUGAGAGUAUUAUAACAAAAAAUUGCACACAUUUUGCAUUCCUCCUAAAAGCUUCGACUAAUUUAAACCAUUCAUCGUGUUUAAAAACCAACCGGAUACUUCCCUCCGUCAUGUUUUGUUUCAUCUUACAUGGACUGAACACUGUCUCCACUGCCGUCUGUAAAUGAAGUGUUUUACUUUGUUGAUCCUGUUUCUGCACUUUGCCUGCUACAAGUUGCAUGCUAAAAAAAAGUGAAAAAAAUCCAACAAAAAAUCAAGCACUGUCAUGUGGUACCUCUAUAUGAAUGUUUUUUUUUCUAUUGUCGUUGGUUGUUUCUUUUGUUUUUUUUUUUUGCUUUUUUAGUGUGUUGCUUUAUUUCUCUGUAGAGCACAAAGCCAGUUAGAUUAAGGAUGUGUUUGGCUCAGUGGGACUCUGUGCAGCGGAGAGUUAAUUUUUCUCUCAUCCUUUGCCUGCCACACACACACAGUACAGAUGAAAACGAGACUAAAGAGAACUGCUCGAGUCCUAAAGUUGGAGACAGUCCACUCAAACCCCCCUCCCCUCCCACACACACACACACACACGUACACAUACAUACACCCCUCUCUGCUCAGUCCUCACUCAUAUCUGUGGACCGUUCAUCUACAUAGUCCCUGCCUUGUGGUCAUAUGAAACGUCUUGGGUUUCACCAUAGUGCAGCUUGGAAAGCUACAGUAGAACUGAUGUGUAUUAGCAAACGUCAUGUCUCAUCGUCACUCCAUCGAUGAACACUCUCUCUCUUUCUCUCUCUCUUUCUCUCUCUGUUAUCAGUGUUAAAAAUAUUGCAGAAAUGACAAAAAUGUGAAGCAAAUGGUUUUCGCUAAAAGCAGCAGAGCAUCACCCAGAGGAUAACACACAACUCAGAAAUUACAUCCAAAUCCUGGACAAUAAACGAUGAUUUCAUUUGACCAAAAUAUCCCCAGCAAACAAUGUGAUUAUACUGUAUGUUGAUGCAAUGUGUAUGUACAUUACAAAAGAGAAAGAAUAAUAAAUAUAUCAUCAGUGUCAAGAAAUCUAUCUUUUUCUAUUAUGUUUAAUUGUGUUUUGGAAUGACUUAUCUUGUGACACAAACUGCAAAAACAGCUGCAAUGUAAAUUUCAGUGUAUUCUGUUUGUUGUUUUUUGAAGCCAUGAAGCUACGGUGUGUUCUUGGAAAGCCCAGCUAAAAGUUAAAUGUGGCAGCUAAUGUUGUGUGUUUGCUAUUCAGACUACAGGGUCUUGUACUCAGAAGCGUGUAAUUAAGUGCUAAGUGCAAAAGAUUGUAAUGUUUUAUAUCAAGAUUACUAUUCAUGAAAUGUCA